AUGGAACCACGUCAGCCCGAGCGCGAGGAGUCCAGCACUGCCACCGUGGACGAGGUGCUAAAACCAAUGGAGGCGCCAUCGGACGGUGAAGGAUGCCCCAUAUGCUUGGAUCAAGAGGGGGCAACGACCGCGUGGAAGGAGACGGUGUGUGGACACAUCUUUCAUGAACGAUGCGUGGAAAGGUGGCUCCAGGCGAAGGGAAGUUGCCCCAUGUGUCGGCUACAACUUCAACAACCACGUGCUCCUGCAAAACCAGAUGUUCGAUAUCGUAGCCCCCUCAUCUUUAUGGCGAUGGAAUGGGAAGACAAUUCUCCUCUUUCAAAUCGUACUAACUAUUUUAGACAAUAUAGGGAGGAGACUUUUGUUGGGUGA